AUGCGUUGCCAAAAUGAUUGCCAGCUGAGACAGGUCUGCCUUGCACCUCCCACCAUCUUGGUGAAGAGUUUUCCCAUGAAAAAACUCGUGGAUCCCUGUGGUGCUGUCCGUAACAUCCAGUGCUUGCGUCCCUGUGUGGAUCCCUGCUUGCGUCCCUGUGUGGAUCCUUGCUGCUAUGCUCAGAUUCCUCAGGGCACCACCACUUACGUGAACCUGGGUAACCUUGGUGUGACGCAGGCAGCCGGGUGCAUGGAUCCAUCCUGCCUCGCAGUUGCCAUGCGUGUGCCUCCGUGCUGUGAGGAAGUGACCAGGUGCACCACCACGUGUGUGGACCCAUGCUGCUGCAAAGUGACGGAGUGCACCACCAGAUGCGAAGAUACGUGCUGUGAGGAAGCGACCAAGUGCACCACCACGUGUGCAGAUCCCUGCUGCAAGGAAGUGACCAAGUGCACCACCACAUGUGCAGAUCCGUGCUGCAAGGAAGCGACCAAGUGCACCAGCAGAUGUGUGGAUCCCUGCUGUACUGAGGUGACCAAGUGCACCACCACGUGUGUGGAUCCCUGUUGCAAGGAAGUGACCAAGUGCACCACCAGAUGUGUGGAUCAGUGCUGCAAGGAAGUGACCAAAUGCACCACCACAUGUGUGGAUCCCUGCUGUACUGAGGUGACCAAGUGCACCACCACGUGUGUGGAUCCCUGUUGCAAGGAAGUGACCAAGUGCUCCACCACAUGUGUGGAUCCCUGUUGCAAGGAGGUGACCAAGUGCACCACCACAUGUGUGGAUCCCUGUUGCAAGGAGGUGACCAAAUGCACCACCACGUGCGUGGAUCCCUGUUGCAAGGAGGUGACCAAAUGCACCACCACGUGCGUGGAUCCCUGUUGCAAGGAGGUGACCAAAUGCACCACCACGUGCGUGGAACCCUGCUGCAAGGAAGUGACCAAGUGCACCACCACGUGUGUUGAUCCGUGCUGUAGACCUGUGACCAGAUGUGCUACCACAUGUGUGGAGCCAUGCUGCAGCAAAGUGACCAAAUGUGCUACCACGUGCGUUGAUCCAUGUUGUGGGGAAGUGACCAAAUGCACCACCCAGUGUGUAGAUCCAUGCUGUGGAGGUGUCACCAGAUGCACCACAAAAUGUGUGGAUCCAUGCUGUGAGGAAGUGAUCAAAUGCACCACCAGAUGUGUAGAUCCGUGCUGUGACAGAGUGACCAAGUGCACGACCAGGUGUGUAGAUCCAUGCUGCAGGGAAGUGACCAAGUGUACCACCAGGUGUGUAGAUCCAUGCUGUGACAGACUGACAAAGUGCACCACCAGGUGUGUGGAUCCCUGCUGUGGAGCUAUGACCAGAUGCACCUCCACAUGUGUGGAUCCAUGCUGUGGCAGAGUGACCAAGUGCACUACCAGGUGUGUGGAUCCUUGCUGUAGAGAGGUGACCAAGUGCACUACCAGGUGCGUGGAUCCCUGCUGUGGAGGAGUGAUAAAGUGUGCCACCAGGUGCGUGGCUCCAUGUUGUGGAUGUGUGACCAGAUGCACUCAGUGUGUGGAUCCCUGCUGUGGUGGAGCGACCAGGUGCACCACCAGAUGUGUGGAUCCCUGCUGUGGAGGUGUGAGGGAAUGUACCACCACGUGCGUGGAUCAGUGCUGCAAGGAAGUGACCAAAUGCACCAGCACAUGUGUGGAUCCCUGCUGUGGAGGUGUGAGUGAAUGUACCACUACGUGCGUGGAUCCCUGUUGCAAGGAAGUGACCAAGUGCACCACCACGUGUGUGGAUCCCUGCUGCAAGGAAGUGACCAGGUGCACCACCACGUGUGUGGAUCCCUGCUGCAAGGAAGUGACCAGGUGCACCACCACGUGUGUGGAUCCCUGCUGCAAGGAAGUGACCAGGUGCACCACCACGUGUGUGGAUCCCUGCUGCAAGGAAGUGACCAGGUGCACCACCACGUGUGUGGAUCCCUGCUGUGGAGGUGUGAGUGAGUGCACCACCACAUGCGUGGAUCAGUGCUGCAAGGAAAUGGCCAAGUGCACCACCACGUGCGUGGAUCCCUGCUGCAAGGAAGUGACCAAGUGCACCACCACGUGCGUGGAUCCCUGCUGUGGAGGUGUGAGUGAGUGCACCACCACGUGCGUGGAUCAGUGCUGCAAGGAAAUGGCCAAGUGCUCCACCACGUGCGUGGAUCCCUGCUGUGGGGGCGUUCAGGCUGUUACAAAGUGCGUGGAUUCCUGCCCCACUGCCUGCGUUACACAAUGCAUCCCCUUGUGCGUGAGUACUUGCACCCCUGCCUGCGGCCGGCGCUACUGCAUCACCUGCGCUGAUGUCCGCUGUCGUAAAUGCAUGGCUCCUUGAGGGGCUGCAGGUGGGGGCUGCUGUGCUGGGAGUUGCAGGGGGACCCCACUCCGCAGUGCCGUUGCCCUGGCGGUGGGGUGUGUGUCUCCAAAGGCUGAGGAAUGAAAAUGGUUUGCAGAUCCCUGAACCUGCCAAUACCUUCCUCGCAUCUUUGCUUUCCUAGUGCCCUUCCUGUCCUAGGAAGAGUAAAAUCCUCCAACGGUCCUCCUUACGUUCUGCAUCAUUUCUGCUGUAUUCACCUCAAAAACCGUGACUUCCCUUGUAACGUGUAACUAAUUGAUUUUGUGCCCCCAGGAAUCUUGCCUGGGAGA